AUGGAAUUGGACAGUAAACUAAAAGUGAAUCCCGUGAUAAGCGAGACAUCUACAAUAGAUAGCUUACCUGUGGUAGAAAUACGCCCCUUUACUAGACAAGUUUGGAGAAGGGAACGAAGUUUUGCUGAAUUUUACAAUAAACCACCAGAAACUAACCAAAAUGCUGAACAGAGGUACUAUCCGGGUGAAAAUUUGCCUAAUAUUGUAGAAGUUCUUGCUGAUAUAACCCAAUCUUCUAAUAAGGUAGAAGAUGAUAAGAAACGCACCAAAACAAUCACCCACCCAAAGAUGCCAAGCAUUAACGUCUCGGCAUCAUAUAGUUCUCCAAGUAUUAUAGCUAGCUUUAUUACCAAAGGUGAUCGAACCAAAACCACCUUAUUUCUGUCUCAACAAGAAGAAAAUCCAAAAAGUUAUAGUUGUAGGAAGCAGGCUUUGAAUUCGGCUACAGUUCGACGUCAUCAGCAAAUGAAGCUUGAUGGCGAUCCUCUGAACCUCCCAGAAGAAUUGCCCAAUAGAUUUGUUUAUUUGAAUCCUUUGAAUUACUACAAACAACGUGCUAUGAAACAUAAGAAAUAUCGCCAAUCACACCAUAGCAGUGCCCCAUCUGAUGAUAGAAUAAAAGACAUCUCUAGUCUACCAGGUAGGGAAAUCGGUAUUAUCGGUAUCCAAAGAAAACGAUCAGCGGCUAAACCAAGAUUACGUCCAUUAUCGGCUACCAAGAGAGAGUCUUCAGUACAUGGCUUGAAAUCCGAUGGAAUGGGAAAGGAUAUAAAGCAAGCAUUGGUUUUUCCCGAAUCCAAAUCUACUAUUAUUGAACAGCAGUUGGAAAUAGACAGAUCGUUUCAUCUACAAAGAUGUCGCAGAAAUAUGGACAUUGGGUAUACCUCUCUAGAACUACUGCAGCAUCUUCAAAAUGAAACUGGCUUUAGUCGAUCUUUGACUCAAGGUGAACUGGCUAUUCAACAAGGCAAAGUCAAGAACAAAACCAAAUCUAAAGGCGAGAAAAGUACAAAGAGCCUAGCACCAGUGGUACAAAUGACAAGGAGACGUGGAAAGAUUUUAUCCAUUCGAAAACUUGGACCCGAUCCAAUUGUUCAGUCUACAGGAAAAUCUAAAAACAUAUUGGAAACGAAGGAAUCUAUAAAAGAGACUAUACCAGAGGGGAUGGAUAUAAACAGUAAUGGAUCGGAUGUUUCUAUGGUGUCAGAAAAUGGAGAGAAGCCAAUGAGUGGAACUGGGAGUGAAAAUAGUUCUGGGUCAAUGGAAUCGAAUGAAUGUGAGGAGAAGGAACUUUUCAGAGGCAAAGAAAAUGAUGAUCAACUACUCAUAGACACCCCAACUAUGAACACACCUGCUAAGGAGAGUCACACACAGAGUCCACUGAUUGAAAUGGUGGCGAGAGUCAACUCUGAUCAUACAUCCUCGCUCUUACGUACUACCUCAGCUGUUACUGAAAGUGGCAACGAUUCCAUUGGAUCUGUAGAUAGUCCUGCAGCUCCAAAGCAUUCUGAAUCUGUGUCUAGUGAAUUACUGGAAACUAAAGACACUGUGUUACUUCCUGAACUUCCAAGACGACCAAAGGCUUGUGCUUAUGAUGCUGAGUCUUGUAAAAAGCAUAAUUCAGAAACAGAAAAAAAUGUUAGUGACAUUAAAAAAAACGUCGCCAAUGAUUCGGAAAACAAUGACUUUGCACCAUUUGGCAAUAAAGAUAGAACAGGCAGUUCAGAAACUCCUGGAGUUGGACCUGAAUUGGAAAGUAGUGAGGACAAACCUCUGAAUAUGUGCGAUAAUGAUAGUCAAUUAAGUGAUUUCAAUAUUAACAGUACAGGAGAAACAAAACAUAAUAUUAAACUUCGUGGUGAUAAUGUAGAUAAUAAUUUGGGUGACUUUACAAAACGCAUUGACGAUAUUGAAGAUCCUUUAAUAAAAGAUCAGCAGACUCAAAAUGAUAGUGUAAUAGACUCUGUUGAUCUUACUGAAGAUCCUCUUUUACCAUCCAAUACAUUUCUUACCACCAAUGUGUAA